AUGUUCGGAGGCUCCCGAGACAAGGGAAUCCCUGACUCAAAUUUCUGUGAUGAGCAACCGGUUCUAAGAUAUGUCAUUUAUAGGGUGACAGUGAAGAAGGUGUCGUUCUGGAUAUUGCAGAUGAAACGAAAAAGGAUCCUUCCUAUCAAUACUGCUCGGCGGUUGUUAUUUAUGCCGAUGUUAAUGAAUCGUUCCAUUGAAAAGGAAUAUUUACGACUUAACCGAAUGAAAUUACGAGAGAUUGUUGAGAGAGAAAUCGCCGACGAUAAUAAUUCUUCAAAGAAUCGAGAGAAGAUAAGUGCAACGCAGCUUGAAGUUGAGGAUGAAGGAACGAAGAAUAAUUUCGAAAUGGGAGAUUUCGUGAAGAUGAUGCGAGAUCGUCUGCAAUUGCUUGAGAAGAAACAAGUGCAAAAGUCUGGAACAAGGCGCACGAACGCCACCAAAAGGUGUGCCCAACCGCCAAAAACAAAAGCGAAACGUCGUCGAAAAGAAGCAACUCCGGAAUCGACAUCUGAAAGCGGUUCAGAUUUUAUCAGUGAUGUUGAGAUGGAGUCUUCUGGUAGCGAGAGUGAAUCUGAAUCCGAAGAAGAGGACGGAGAAGUGGUAUGCGAUGAAUCGGAUCUUCUUGAUGGUUCGAUAGAGAGCGAUUCUUCUGAUCAUGACGACGAACAGCGAGAGGAGCGUUUCGAUUCUUCGGCUGAUGAAACAUCACAUCCGAUGCACGAUAAACGUUGA